CUGAGAAAGCGACUUUGCGCCACAACGACGGAUGCCUGUGACUGCCACCCGUCGGCGUCCCUAGGCGCUUCGUGCGACGCGGAGAGCGGGCAGUGCACCUGCCGGAACAGCUACGGCGGCCGUCAGUGCCUCCACUGCCAAGUGGGCUUCUACGACUACCCCACCUGCAAACUGUGUUCGUGCGACCCGACGGGCACUACGGAGGAGGUGUGCAGCAACCAGACGGGCCAGUGCCUGUGCAAGCCCCAGUACGGGGGCCCACGCUGCGACCAAUGUGCCCCGGGAUUCUACAACUUCCCCAACUGCAUUCCCUGUGAAUGCGACAGCAAGGGCUCCCUGGGCAAUUCGUGCGACAACGCGGGCAAGUGCCACUGCCUGGCCAGCUUCACGGGCCUGCGAUGCGACCAGUGUGCCCCGGGCUACUACAGCUACCCAGACUGCAACCCCUGUGGCUGCGACUCGUACGGAUCCGUGGGACUGUCGUGUGGGAGCGACGGCACCUGCUUCUGCAAGCCCAGCUUCGACGGAGAGAAGUGCGACCGCUGCAAGAAGGGCUUCUACAACUAUCCCCUCUGCGAAGGCUGCAACUGCAACCCGGCGGGGAUUCUGGCGACGUUUGGCGGCUGCGGCAGCCUGACGAGCGGGGAGCUGUGCGAGUGCAAGGAGCGCGUCACGGGACGCAUCUGCGACCAGUGCCGCCCGCUCUACUGGAACCUCAAGCCGAGCGACCCGCAGGGUUGCGAGGACUGCGAGUGCCACUCCCCGGGCACCCUGGGGGGGCUGCGGGUGUGCGACGGCCAGAGCGGCCAGUGCCUGUGCAAGCCCAACGUGGGCCAGCACCAGUGCACAGAGUGCCUCGACGGGACCUUCCACCUCCAGGACCAGGACCUGCUCGGCUGCCAGGACUGCCAGUGCGACGUGGGCGGAGCGGUGGGCAGCUCGUGCGACGCCCGGAGCGGGCAGUGCCAGUGCCGGCCCCGCAUCACGGGGCGCCGUUGCUCGGAGCCCCUGCAGGCGCACUUCUUCCCCACGCUGCACCAGCACAAGUACGAGGUGGAGGACGGACACACCCCCAGCGGGGUCAACGCCCGCUUUGACUUCGACAGCGGCCUCUUCCCGGGCUUCUCCUGGAAGGGCUAUGCCAUCUUCUCCAACAUUCAGGUGCUGGUGCUGCCCCCGAGCCGAGAGCCCCGCUUCCAGGGGGUGGUGGGGCAGGACGGGGUCACUGCCCUCCCCUUCGUGCUGAACCCCGGCCGAUGGACCCUUUCCAUCAAGGCCCCCCGGCCCGUCUUCCUGGACUACAUGGUGCUGCUGCCCGAGGCCUUCUACGAGGCGACGCUGCUGCAGGAGCGGGUGCGCCACCCGUGCCUGCGGGGGGGCAACAUGGCGGGCCCUUGCCGCCAACUGCGCUACCCGGCCCUGCCGGACACGGCCGUGCCGGUGGCCGCCGCCCAGGGAGCGGACGGACAGGGUGCCCCCGUGCAAAUUCUCGACGACGCGGACGUCCUGGAGGAGCUGCACAGCGGGCCCAUGGCUCACCUGGACGAAGACCACGGGUCCCUGCGGCUGGACCUGCGAGUGCCCAGGGCCGGGCCGCACGCCCUGGUCUUCUUCUACCACUCGCUGGACAAUGACGGCUCUGUGGCCGCAGACCUGGUGCUGUCGGGCGCCGACCGGCUGGCCACGGGCAGGGCAAACUUCCACCACUGCAACUACAACCUGCUCUGCCGACAGGUGCGCUGCACGGGCUGCUUUGCUUCCGCCGCGCUCUGCACACUGCUCAGAUGUUGUGUCCAUCCCACCCAUUCCAUGGCUUGGUUCUGGUGCCGAGUAAAAAUGGUGCCAUCGUUUUUGCGAGAUUCGUUUAGAUAUUUUGUGCCCUUUCAGCCUGUUGUUGCUUUGGGGAACCACGACAACUGCCUCAUCUGUGCCUGCCCGAUCUCGUUGCCCUCCAACAACUUCGCCGACAGCUGCGAAGUGUCUCCGAGCGGACAAGAGAUUAGCUGCAACUGUAAGAAGGGCUACUACGGACCUCGUUGCGACGUCUGUGAUGCGGGCUACUUUGGCGAGCCCGACAUGAUUGGCAGCAGCUGCAAGCCGUGCGAGUGCAGCGGCAACAUUGACCCGGCCAACCCGGCCUCUUGUGACUCGGUGACGGGGGAGUGCGUGCUGUGCCUCAACAACACGUCCGGACCCGCCUGCGAACUGUGCGCUCCGGGAUUCUACGGCGACGCCAUCUCGGUCAAGGACUGUCGCAAGUGCUCCUGCAACCAGUGCGGCAUGCACUCCUGCAAUCCCCUCCAGGGCACCUGCAACUGCCACUCCAACGUGGAAGGGAGCCUCUGCGACCGUUGCGCACCCAACCACUGGGGGUUCUCGGAGUGCCGAGGCUGCCGCUCGUGCGACUGCAGCCUGGCCUCUCAGUCCAAGCAGUGUGACCUGGAGACGGGACAGUGCCCCUGCCAGCCGGGGGCUGGAGGGCCGCGCUGCGACGUCUGCGAGCCGGGCUACUGGCGCUAUUCGGCCGACGGAUGCAUCUCGUGCAACUGUGCGGCCAAGUUUUCGGCGGGUGCCGUGUGCAACCAGCAGACGGGCCAGUGCCAGUGCCUGCCCGGCGUGGAAGGGGACAAGUGUGACCGGUGCCCCUACCGAUGGGUCUUCGUGGAGCGCGAGGGCUGCAAGGAGUGUGGCGAGUGCGUGCACGCCCUGCUGGAUGACACGGACAGCCUGGAGCAGAUGAUCGACAACAUCGGGGACGAGAUGCGUGACAUCUCCUCCACUUACCUGGCCAACCAGCGGCUGCAGCUCGUCAACCAGACUGCGCACGACCUGAAAGAGCAGCUGAUGAGCUUCAGCGGAAAGCCCGCCUCCCUGGACGUGAGCCCCCUGGCGCAGAACGUCAGCGAUCUGGAAGCACUGGCCUCGACAGUGCGCAAGGACGCUUCGAGCCUGGCGCUCUCGGCUACGGCGAACAACCACACGGCGUACAAGACCAGGCUGGAAGCCGACCGGGAAGAGCUCAACGUGGAGAAGACGGUCCAGGAGAUGCGAGACAUUCUGAGCAGCCUGACAGCCUUCUCCGAGGGCCUGGGCUCGACUUCUACCGCCAACGUGGAGCCGCUGCUCGACGAAGCCACCCGCAUCGUGGAGCUUCUCAAUGCCACCGAGUUCUUGAGGCCCUUCGCCGAAGCAGAGGAAGAGCUGGCGCAGGCCGGAGAAGGCCUGGAGCGUGCGCAGAACUUCUCGCUGCCGGCGGUGCAGAACGACGCAACCCUGGAGGACCUGCGGCAGACGAUGGCGGAGGAGCUGGAGGGGCGCCUCUACGAGCUGGCCAACCACACCCAGAGGGUCGAGGACAUGGUGCGGGAGGUGGCCCACCUGCAGAACACGGCUAACAGCUCCCCGUUCAGGGGGAUCAUUGCCCAAAGCGAGGAGCUCAAGUUGCAGUCCGAGGCACUUCAGAAGGAGGCCAGGGAACUCCUUCGGGCCUGCCAGGACUACUACCCGGACGCAGAAAACGCCUAUGAGGGCCUGCGUGAGAACUCUGCCCGUCUGCGAGACAUGGUGGACCAACUGCAGACGUUCCUGGAGAAGCUGAGCCCUGCGACGGAGAAGGCCGUGCCCUACGUGCGGGAGGCGGAGAUCCACUCGCACAAGCUCCAGCAGCAGGCCAGGGAGUGCCAGACAAUCCUGAACUCCACGCAGCAGACGUCUUCUUCGGCCCUGGCCUACGACGAGAUUGCCAAGAUCAUUGACGAGGCUCAGAACAUCUCGGAGGCGGCCCUUGCUACUUCGAACGAAGCCCACGACAAUAUUUUAGGAACUGCAGGAAAUCCCACUGCAGAUCAUUGGACUCCUGCACAAUUGCAAACUGACGCUGCCUUUCCCUGUGUGUCCUUCCUCUUGCUUCACGAAGCUCUUGCCUCUGUGCCCUUGUUCCUCAAGGACCAACAUGAGAAGGUCCACCUGCUUGCAGGAGGACUUUUUUUUUUGGGUGGUUUCUCUUGCGGUUUUUCAGGAAGAUCCACCGUCUCAUUCACAUCCUGUAAUUCCUCAGGGGAGUUGUCUUCAAGUUCCAGAUAAUAGCCAUGUGCUUAUCAGAAGGGCCCAUGAUACAUGCAUAACUUA